AUGCCUUCAACACAUUUGGCAACCCGUUUACGGUCUGGGAGCAGCAUCCCGGCUGUUGGAACCUCGAGCGAUGCAUCAAAGUAUCAUGGGAGAUCAGAACAGCAGCCCGGGGCGAUUCCGGGUGGCGGAACAAACGUAUGGAGAGAACAUCAAGGCGCAAAAGAGCCUCGAGGACGACAAAAGGACGCACCGGCCACGGCGACUGCGCAGAGACCCGAUCACUACGCCCCGACAGACAGCGACGACCGACACUAUGCAGCGCAGUCGCAAACCGUGCCAACGGAAGUCAUGAGGCAACUGGGAGCAUUGUCAGUACGGAGGGCUUGGAGGGGCAGAUCGGGCGAAGCACCGCCAGACACCUCACGAGCCCAGGUUGUGGAAGCAAUCAUGGUUCACGAGCGAGGAGAAGUCCAAACUCCGGACGAGGAGUGUCCCAGAUGCCAAAGAGGCGAGGGCGUUUCCCCGGAAUGCGUGAAGAUCCCCAGCAUCCACAACGGAGCAUGCAGCAACUGUCUCAUCUCCCGGGCCCUCGCGCGCCCGGGAUCGGCGGUCCGGCUGACACGGAGCUACUCCGCCGAGCGGCGAUCGAUAUCGGCCACCAUGUCUCCAACGAUCCCGAAGGAAGACCUCAUCGCCGUUUGGAACCUGAUUGCCGGAGUCAUCGCGACCCAGCCACAAGAGUGUUUCUUCGACGACGGGACUGAGGUUCCCGGAAAGAGAAUCGAAGACGCUGCUCGUUUAGUAGCAAGAUCUGCCGAUGAAUGGGGACAUUGUAUCGAGGAGGAAGGAUCGGAGGCGACGUCGAAAACACCCAAAACGCCGACGGAGAGAACGAGACUCGUCAGACAAGCGACUCGUAUCCGCGAAACAGCUCUGCAGAUUGCAAAUUGCGCGCGGGAUUGGGGUGAGAAGCUGGAGCGAAAGAAGUCAACCUCGCAGCUGCGGACAUAA